CACAUGAUUCACCCGCAUUCAUAUUUCGUUUAAGAUGGUAGCAGAUCGUACGGUUGAGAUGGAUAUUCAGCUUUGCUCAUCUGAAACUCAAACUACUCAGUUAGCAGUUGAAAAACCAGAGGAGAAUUUGGGGGAGAACUCAACUGUUAAUUACAUAGCUGAGGAGGAGAGUGGAGGAUGGAAGACAUUUCCUUUCAUCAUAGGAAGUGAGCUCUGCACUGGAAUAGCAAUCACUGGUUUGUUGGCAAACAUGAUUGUUUACUUGACUACAGAGUUCAACAUAAACAACAUUGAAGCCACUCAUAUCCUCAACAUAUCCGGUGGAGGAAGUGAGCUGUCUCCUUUAAUAGGAGCAUUUCUUGCAGAUGCUUUUCUGGGUCGCUUUUGCGCAAUUUCCAUAUCUUCAGUUAUAACGUUCAUUGCAAUGAUUCUUCUACUGCUGACAGCUAUUAUAGAUCCCUUAAGACCACCUCCAUGUAGCCCCAGUGUAAGAGCUACAGGAAGUUGUGUUGGCCCCACCACAGGACAGCAUGCUGUUCUGUAUGUUUACUUCGCAUUAUUAAUUGCAGGAUCUGCAGGAUCAAGUAAUUCAGGAGCUUUUGGAGCAGAUCAAUUUGCAAAGGGUGGUGGAAAACAGCUUCAGAGUUUCUUCAACUGGUAUUAUUGUGUGCUCUAUAUCUCAAUAAUGAUAGCCUCCACUGUAAUUGUGUAUAUUGAAUCCAGUGUAAGCUGGGCAUGGGGAUUUGGGAUUUGUCUUGCCCUGAAUGUAAUAGCUUUGAUAUUAUUUUUCUCUGGGACGAGGUUGUACAAUCGUGUGCGUCCACAGGGCAGCCCAUACACAAGGCUUGCACAAGUGAUAGUGGCGUGCCUUAGAAAAAGGCAUUUGAAAUUGCCUGCCAUUGCAGAGGAUUUUUACUAUGGAGUAAAGGUUGAAUCCGGGCUUCCCCUUACACAGCAGCUCAGGUUUCUAAACAAGGCUGCCAUAAAAACAUCAUCAGACAUAUCUCCAGAAGGUCAUACAAAUCUCAGCCCAUGGAAAUUAUGCACAGUUCAACAAGUGGAAGACCUGAAAUGUAUUAUAAAAACGUUGCCAAUAUGGAGCUGUAUAGUAGCUCCGGCCAUUAUAAACACCCAGGUGGGCACAUUCUCAGUGUUGCAAGCCCUGGCAAUGGACAGGCAUCUGGGCCCUCAUUUCAACAUACCUGCUGCCUCUUUCUUUGUCUUCGGUCUCCUGGCAUCCUCAAUAACGUUAUGUGUCUAUGAAAAUGUGGUGGUUCCCUGGGCUACUGCGAGGGAAAUAAAAAUAACAAAGCUGAUGAGAAUAGGAUUAGGCAUGGCAAUCAAUAUUGUGGGAAUUGGAGUGGCCGCCAUAGUGGAGAGAAAACGUAGAGAGAACAGAUCAGUAGUUCCAUUGUCGAUAUUUUGGCUCCUUCCUCAGCAAGUAAUUUUCGGGGUGGCAGGUGCGUUUAGCGUUGGGAUUAUUGAUUUCUUUUACUCUGAAUUUCCAGAAACAGCACGCAGCACUGCCGCUGGUUUAGUGGGUGCAAGUGGUGCAGUGGGCUUUUAUUUGAGCAGUUUGUUAGUGGCUAUCAUUCAUAAAAACACUGAUUGGCUUACUAAUGAUCUGAACCAGAGUCGUCUUGAUUACUUUUACACCUUUCUUUGUGUAAUUGGAGUGCUGAAUAUGGCCUAUUUCUUCCCAUGCGCUCGUUGGUAUAAAUACAAAGCACAAGCAGUCAACUCCCACAACAUGUCUAUGCCUUAACUUUGCUCUCCUUGUAUGUGUGUGUAAAGAAUCCAUUUAUUGGCAGAAAGACAGAGAAUAACAUAAAAGAAAAACGUACCUUCUCUCAUGAUAGACACACUCAUGUUGAAGUGUUAUAUUGAGGGGAGGAUAGCAUCUUGUUCAUGGCCAACAAAUCUUCUUCUUUGUAAGAGAGAGAUUGGUAAAAAGGAUGUCGCAUUCACAACCUCUACAGAUGUGUUAUACAUCCUCUGUCAUAAGAUAUUUCCUUUCCCUUCUUCAAUAAUAGGUAAAUAUUUUCUCUA